UGUUUGACUUUCAUCAUAGUCGUUUGGUUCGCGAAGACGCACGGAGGCGUUCUCGUCCUUGCUGUAGGAAAAAAAACACAUACACUGAAACUGUGGUACCUUUACGGGAAGAAAAAUUGUAACACCAACUUAAGUAAAGUGUGAUAUAGUUGCUAUAGCCCUUGAAACUAUCUUAACCCGAUCCAAGUCGAACCAAACACAACCAACCAAUAAUGCAGUGAAUAAAGUGUGAUGGGACGCGAAUAGGACGCGCGGCUCCAUGGCGAAUCAUCGUUCUGCAGGACACUACUGGUAAAAACGGACCCCCCAAGCAUCGUCCCUCGGAAAAUUCGCUCGGAAAAACGGAACACACGCACGCACGCACGCAAGGCUGGAAUGGAAUUAGCACGAUAACAAACAAACCCUAGCCAAGCCAUCAUCACUCACGUUCAUCACUCACUUCAUCAUCGAGCGCGCCUGUCGGGGCUGUUUGUGCUGCAAAGGACAACCAAAUUGCAACCCCCUGCUCACCAACUGACGCAACAUUUUCAACGACAAUUUCUAAAUACGAAAAUUGAAAUCCACCAGCGCAGAAGGGAGGAAAAAACACAGCUGCUCGCACGCACACAACCACCGCGUUAGCGUAUGCGUGGAGACCUGCUCGACGUACCGCUGUGUGCGUGAACCGAAGGCCCGCUUCAGUGUGUGGAGACCCCGUUGUGUGCUGUGGAGAGCGCAAGCCAGCACACUCGCACACACACACCGACACCCCGAACUCUACACAUCGCAGCAACCCUGUUCGAAUGUGCUAGAUUUCGCAGCUCGGCCCCGUCCAACUCUCCACACGGGCCGUCAUUGUAGAAUCUAAUACCGAAUUGAAUAGUUCUUUAUUGCUGGACACUGGGGUGACGCAAAAGUGAGAGGCACAAUCACGGAAGCAUCCGGAUUUCAAUGUACUAGGCCAGCCCUCAGUAUGUCUGUCCCUGUGAGCUGCUACUCUGUCGAUAGCAUGAACAACAUCGACCAGCAGCCCAUCGGCAUCGGCGGCCAUGGUCUACCCACGUCCUCCUCCACCGCCCGCAUGAUGACGAUGCGGAUGGAGGAAGACGAUGACCACAGGCCAAUGAUGAGGAUGAGCCCCGCGACCAACGUUCAUGCGCACGACCAGACGAUGCAUCACGAUCAGCGGAUGUUGUCAGAGGAGGGCCGGCUUGGGACACCGGAUGCUGCUGAUGGAGUUCUGUUGGCGUCGCACGACUGUCGCCACGGUGGCCACAACACCAGCGCCACCGGCAGCGGCUCCAUGCACUCAUCGGGCGCGUCGUCGGGCAGCGAAAGUGCCAGCUAUCACUACCCGCCGCAUCACCAUCAUCAACACCACCGACACCGCCCGAUGAUGAUGGAUACCGUGGACGACGACGGUACGGCAUGCGCCAAUCAUGACGAUGGCCAGGACUUAGCGGAUGCUGCCGGGGCAGCGGCAGCGGCUAAGUGCACCUCACCACAAAAGCACACCACCACCACCACCACCAACAAUGGAUCAUCAUCAUCAUCAUCAUCACCAUCAUCGGCACCAUCAUCACCGAUGGCAGCGGCUGGCGGAGCAGCAGCAGCAGCAGCAGCAGCCGCCGCCGCAGCCGCCGCCGGAACAGCAGCGAUGUCGUUCGAGGAGAUGAUGGCCAAGCUGAGCGAACUGCUCGCCUUGGAGCCGAAGUACCAACCGAACCUUUACCUGCCGCAACAAUCAGUCAAUGGCGAAAUCACGAUCGGCACCCGCGACGGAGCGGCCCAUGUGCUGCGCUGCCUGAAGGUUUGGUACGAGCUGCCGAACGAUGUCCUGUUCGCUGCCAUUAACUUGGUUGAUCGCUUCCUGACCAAGAUGAAGGUCCGCCCGAAGCACAUGGCGUGCAUUUCGGUCAGCUCCUUCCAUCUGGCGGUGCAGCAGCUCAGCCUGCCGAUCAUCGACACGGAGGAUCUGAUCGCUAUCUCGCAGUGCCGUUGUACGUCGCGCGAUCUGGUGCGAAUGGCGGACAUUGUCGCCAACAAGCUGGGCGUUCAGAUGAACCUGGCCCCGGUAACGGCGCUCUCGUUCAUCCGGCUGUUCUACUACAUCUUCGAGAAAGCCGCGAAUGCACUCGGGCUGUCGGAAAUAUUCAAAUCCGCCAUCUCGCUGGCCGAUCUCGAGAUGCGGCUGGAGAUACUGGCGUGCGAUGCGAGCUGCGCGAGCAUUCGCCCGUCCGAGCUGGCGCUCGUGAUGAUCUUCACCCAGAUGGAUGUGUACGUCAGCGCAAACAAGGACAACGGGUUGGUGCACCAGCAGAUUCACGAUCUCGUUGACUACGCCAUCCAGCUGCAGAAAUUCUGUCGAAUCCCGGACAGCAGCUUCCUUUACAGUCACAGCAUUGUGACGAAGAUUCUUUCGCUGUACAACGGUCAGCACAAGAUCCCGUACAAGCAGCGGCUGGUAUGGAAGCUUUCGUCCCGUACCAUGCGCGUGCUGCGCCCUACUGACAAGUUGACCUCCUAUUUGCCAACGAUUGCCGAACACCACCAUACCCAUGGUCACAUGAGCAACAGCAAUCUUCGCUUCAGAACUGGCAGCGUAAGCUCCGAAGACGAUGGCGAAGAUUGGCCAACAUCGCCGAUCGUAGCAGUGUGUGAACAGUUUGUUGACGAGUAAAAUGGCACGCGGCGAUCAGUCGAUCGAACGAUCGCUCGAUCACGCACACACACACCCUCUUAUCUCUUUAAAUAAUUGUGUAGUAUCGAAUCGAGUCGGAUGUAUGGUUUGAAUGCAAGUUUUCGGAAAAAAUGACCGCAUUCAGCUUCGCUCAGUAUCGAUUACGACGACGGAUAUGUAAAAGAAUGGAGAAAGAGAGCGGUUUUGUUGCAACAAACUCCCUUCACAUUGCUGUUAUGACGAAAACAAAAAAAAACAGAAUGAACGUUUUGUGACUGUCGUCCAGACAGUGUUUUAUGCUGCAACAAUGCACGGGUGCGCUGUGCACAAACAAAACUUCAAAGUACGUACAUCCCCCCGGCCCCCUCCCCGUCCCAAAUAUUUGACCAGCUUUCUGAAACCCUUGACCUACCAUCGAGCAAGGUGGACUAUGAAGUGGCGCCACGAAGCAUCAAGGACGGGGUAUUGGGGCUAUCGGGCUUUGAAAAGGAUCCGCUAUCAUUGCAUAGCAGCAUCCCAUAUUGUGAUAACAUCAUCGUAUAGUGGACGGUGGCACCAGCAGAAGCAGCAGCAGCAGCAGCAGCGAAAAGAGUGAUAAAUUUGCUUUACUAAAGUUGACCAAGGCAAUGUGGCAAUAGAACGACGACGACGUGAGCACAGCGCGCACCCAAAGAAACGAUUGCACAGCAUGUGGUGUUGUGCGCCAAGGAACAAAUCGUAGCUUUGGUUCGAUGUCGCUGGCGAGAUUAACUGAUGUUGACGCGGUUCGGAAGAGAAUCAAACAUAAUCAACUGCAUCCGUGCAAACGAAACGAAUGGAGAUGCAAAUAAGAAAAGGACUAACAACGGGACGGCACACUAACAUCAACAAGGCAAGGAAAGAGCGGCAACAACAACAGCAGCAGCACGUGCGGAGAGCACUACUCUUCGGUUGGUAAAUGUUAAUUUUAUUUUGUUUUCCUCCCUUUUUUUGAGUAAGAAAUUGCAUACUUCUAGAACACACUUAUUUUCUAUAAUAGUGUAGAACAAAAAAAGCGCAGUCAGAAAACAAAAGAAAAAAGAAACAAUUUAAUUCGUUGGAUAAGAUCUAUGAAUCGUUUAAGCGGGAGGAGAGAGAGAGUGGAGAGAAGGUUUAAGAAAGUCGCGUCGCGGAAUAGUACGAUAAAAGUAGGAUUACAUCGGGAAUUGAGAAUAACAUGAGAAAAAGGAGAAACUUACGCGAUAAUGGAAAUUGGUUACAAAUGACAUAACGCCAGCUCGCAGGCGGUUAUCGUAUGUUUGGGGAGACAGGAAAAGAGAAGAGAAGAAACAAACUAUACUUGAAAUGAUCAACAAUAUCAACAAAAAAAGUCCAAAAUUUGCGAAGCAGAAAAAGAAACAGCAAACAAACAAAAAAAAAAAUACAAAAAAUCUCUGAAAAGUUACGCAAAAGUAUAUGCAAGUAUAAAAAGAAAGAUAAAAGGAAAAUCAAAAAAAGUACAAAAUAUACAAAACGGUUUAAAAAAAUCCUAGCUAAUAAGUUGUGUAGGAUUUAAAUGGCAGAUGGUAAAGCAAGUGACAUUUAACAACCACAGCAACUAUAUUUGAGGAGGGGGGCGAAUGCUCUUUUCAACAAACUAUCCUUACCGCUGGGUGUGUUUAGGCUGUUUAAAAGAGCAUUCACCUGCUUAUUAGGAUAACAGCAGCAGCAGACGAGAAUGAAUGUACGACUAUUAAGCAAGUCAUGUUGGAACACACACACAUACACGGAACGACGAGAAUUACGCGACGCCAAAACACGAGAAAUGAGAAAGGAGAAUAACCGAAGAAUAACAAUCGGCACACAAGAGCUGUGCAAAACGAAAUAUGCGAACAUCUUGCAUUGCAAAGAGCGCAGCGCAGAAGAGAAGAAGCGUGUAUGCUUUUGCCUACGGACGGUAGAAAGCGGAGAUAAACAGAGAAAAGGAGACACAUCUAAUAGGGAAAGAACGAUAGGAGCUGGGAGAGAAAGAGCAUUUUUGUUAAUGUUUACAAAUGUUACUUUUUUCGUUUUGUGUACCACGUCAAAAACUGUUUUUUGGAAUAAUAUUGAUUUUCUCGUUACCUUUUUUACGAACAGAAUUUCAAUA